AUGGUUCACUUACUUAUAGGCUUUGCCUAUGCAAGCAGUUUUAUCAAACUCCCCCUUAUAUUUAAACAAAAUUUUAGGUGAAAAAGUAUUAUUUUUUAUAGUUUUAACUAAUUUAAUGGAAAUAAUGCAAGUAGAAUGCUACUUAACUGCUUUGAUUCUGAAUCGAUUAAAUUAAUAUAAAAAAAUUAAUUUCAAAUUAUGAAGUGACAUUGUAGACUAAGAUGAUCCAAAAGAGGCCCUGGGCUACAGUAAUGAUUUGAAAUUGUUAUGAACUUUUCAAGUCACAGAAUUUUUUUAGCAUAUAUGAGUACAUGCUUUGUCUUAAUGUGUUUAAUCGCUGCUGAGCAGUUCCUUUAAUGAUAUGUUCAGUUUCUGGGGUCUUAAAUCGUUUUUUAAACUCAUCCCAGUCAAUCAGUCCGUCGUUAUUUGUAUCAAUUCUUGCCUGGAUCAUAUCAAUAUCUCUCGCUGUUCAAGUUUUUUUCUGCUUUGAUUUUUUUCAGGUUAAAAUUCUCCUUUCUUUGUUAAGAUCUUGACUAGGAUCAUUGCUUUUAUUGCCUGAUCUUCUAUCUGAAUCUUUUGCGUCCUAUGGCAUUUUCAUAAGGAUUUUCAUCAAGAUUUAUACCUUUGGUGGAAAUAUUUUGAUACUGUUUAUUCCUUUUUGAUUUCCUCUAUUAUUUUUUGAUUUUUGAUUUUUUUAA